UCUCAUCCGUCCCUCAAAAAUUAAUGGUCCUUACCUAACGAUAACUAAUGGAUACGAACAUUUCAACACGAAAUGAAUAUCUAUUCAUGUCAAAUUAGCCAUUUUUAAUUAUUGAUUUCAAUUACUGGCCCCUAGGCGGGGCAAAACGAGUGACCAAGAAGGAGUGCGCACAACAAUAACUUUCAGUGAAUAUUUGUAAUUUUACAGGCCUCCUCCAGAAAGAAAGUCAAAAGAUGUAAACAGUAUAAAACGUGUUAGGGCGAAACGCACAGCGACUAAACACAUCGACGAACAAAACGAACCAAUCGAGGACAAAAACGACGUCAUCGAGGAACAACAGCUAGAGCUCGAUGAGCAUCGUGAAUCAAAAGACCCUACCCCAGUGGAAGAUCUUCCUGCUCAACCUCAGCCCUCUGCAUUCCCGACUAAAUCCACCAAGAGAACCAAACCAUCCAAAAAGAUUCUUUCACAAACUGUUGUGUAUAAAGAAAAGGAGAAAGCACCGAAGUCUGAACAAAAGUCACCCGAGCACCAGGAGGAGACUGAAGAUGAUUUACUAGUUUCUAGUCCCACUCCUGCUAUAGAAACGGCGCAGUCUGGUGAAGAGCAAAUGCCGGCUGAAAGCGAGGGAACUGGGGAGGAAAUACUAGUAACAGAGGAGAAAGUCAAAGACGACAAUGAUAUAACCACGGAAGUAACAAGGAAUGGAAAUGACGGUGAAACGAAGCCAGCGGAAGAAGGGGACACCGGAAAGGAGCAAGAAAAAGACACGAAAAAGGAACAAGAGAAAGAGAAAGAGGAACAGGAACAGGAACAGGAAGAAGUCAAAAAAGUGGUUCCAAAGAUUCGAGGAGUGAACCGAGUGAACGCGGCAUUUAAAGAACGAGCAGAGCUGGGAAAGAGACUGCAGAACGUUUUGAAGGAAGCCAUCAGUGAUGUCAUGGGACAGGCAGAUAUUAAAACAAGGAAAGAUUCGACCAUUGACUAUUUGGCACAAUACAGACUUGUGGAUCGAAGCCGCCUUGAAAUGUAUGGCCGCGCGUUCACACUAGAAGAUGACGACGAAGACGGCAUUAUAUCUUACGAGCAAAUGCUGCUUGCCUUAGAGGGUGUACCAAGCAUUGCAGGGAUGUCAAGGAAACAGCUUUUGUUUGUAUUACAGGUUCUCGAGCUGUUCCCUGGGUCGAGAAUAACUUUCAAGAUGUUUUCAGUGACGACUGCCUUGUGUGAAAGAGUGACAGUACUAGAUGCGUUUGUCAAACAACUGGUUGAGGAUCUCGACCUUUUUGAUCUGGAGUGCAAGUUGGGAAUGUUUAGGAACAUGUUUUUCGUAACUGGAGAUUACUCGGUAACUUUCAUCACCGCUGAUCAACUUAGAAUCGAACUGAAGGCUGGCGGGCUCAACCAGAAGCAAGAGGAUCACGUGAUUGGACACAUACUUCAGUCAAGUGUGACAGGAGAGAUUUCGUUCCUUGAUUACAUGGCGUACUUACCACUGUUUCUUUCCAUCCACCAAAAUAUCUGUGAAAACGCUCUCGACAUGUCACGCAACAAGUACCAGCGGAAGGAUACGACGUGACCACAAUAUGACAUGCAGAAACAAUAUGACAUGCAGAACAUAUCGUUACAAAGAGAAAACUACAGUUAUCGACUGCAUAGAUGCAGUGAAUUCAGGAGUGCAAGGAUAGAAUCCUCAGAGUGAGCCCACAAGUUUCGAAUCGGCUCUCGCUUUGUAACGUGUUGCUAGGAACCAUGUUGUGUCGUCAUGACGACAAGCUAAUGAGUGUCCUUUAGUGUCUAAAAUGUGUACGCCUUUGUACAAUUUUUUUUCCUAAAACGAACUAACUUUGCAAACUUUUCUUCCCAUUCAAUGUUGGUAUACAUAAAUAGUCGUUGUUCUUUAACCAUGAGUACACUAUAAGGUUUGUUGUUGUUGUUGUGUAUACUUGUCUAGAAGACACAAACUACCGUUGAAGUGGCUACAAUUUAACACAAAAAAGAUAGAUUUCUUACGACGAGACUGUAGACUAUAAUAAACAAUAAUAACAACAAAACAUUAAAGUUAGCUUUUUUAUACUUUC